GAGGGAAGAGGAUGUAAGAACAAAGAACUGUGGACAUGAGCCAGCAUCAUGGUGGAAACCCCCAGACUCCUGUCUCAACUAGACAGGGAGGUGGAGACAACUAGAAAAGGCCUCAGCCCAAUUUUUUUAAAUGGCCCAAUGGGAGACAAUAAGACCUAGGUGAUGUACGAGGAAACUAUGUAUGAGGAAACUGGUGACCCAUAGUACUUAGCCUAUGGGAACUGGAGGAGGGACUAGAUAAGCCUGUGAUCGAUACUGCAUAUGUGCCUGUACAACCAGACACCCGCUCUCGAGAACACGAGCAAAAAUCAAAUUAAAGUAGAUCUUGUAGAUGAGAAUUUUACAGAAUUAAGAGGAGAAAUAGCAGGACCUCCAGACACACCAUAUGAAGGAGGAAGAUAUCAACUAGAGAUAAAAAUACCAGAAACAUAUCCAUUUAAUCCUCCCAAGGUCCGGUUUAUCACUAAAAUAUGGCAUCCUAAUAUUAGUUCUGUCACAGGAGCUAUUUGUUUGGAUAUCCUGAAAGAUCAAUGGGCAGCAGCAAUGACUCUCCGCACGGUAUUAUUGUCAUUGCAAGCACUGUUGGCAGCUGCAGAACCAGAUGAUCCACAGGAUGCAGUAGUAGCAAAUCAGUACAAGCAAAAUCCUGAAAUGUUCAAACAGACAGCUCGACUCUGGGCACAUGUGUAUGCUGGAGCACCAGUUUCCAGUCCAGAAUACACCAAAAAAAUAGAAAACCUAUGUGCUAUGGGCUUUGAUAGGAAUGCGGUAAUAGUGGCCUUGUCUUCAAAAUCAUGGGAUGUAGAGACUGCAACAGAAUUGCUUCUGAGUAACUGAGGCAUAAUGAGAGAGCUGCUGAUAUAGUCAAGCUUGCCCCUUCUUGAGGAGCAUCAACAUCUGUUAUUUUUAGGAUUCUGCAUAGAUUUCUUUUAAACUGGCAUUCUUGCCUAAUGAUGUUAUCUAGGCACCAUUGGAGACUGAAAAAACAAAACAAAACAUCCCUGCUCUGUAAAUAAAGCUAAUUAAACGUCUGUGUAAAUUUAAAAAGGGGAAAUACUUUAAUUUUUUUUCUUACUUAAUAGUGUAAAAAAUUUUUGAGCUAAGCGAAACCAUGGAAAAAAACAUGCUACUUUAGUAUUUAGCAGUGUACCAGAAUAGCAAGAGUUUGCUUCAGGGUUUUGUUGAAUAAUUAGGUAAUAUUUUGAGUGUGUCAGGACCAUUCAAAUUGUUGGUGUUGCAUCACAGCUACCUUAACUGUUUUUAACAUGGAUCCUCUGUGCCUGUGAAUUUACUUGCAUGCUUGUACUUGACUUCUUAAGAUGGGUAGCUGAAAAGACCACCAUUUUAAGCAUUUGAGAAUUCUUAAACUUGAGGUUUAUCUAGAAUGAAGAUGGUGACCUAUUCAGAGCCUUUUUGUCCUGGUCAGCAGACUGGGACACUAUAUUUAUUUUUCCUCUCUUGCCACACACAGCUAAUAUCCUAAUAGUAAAUUCUCUGGGAAAUGUGCUGAGGGACAGUAUCCCUUGCUUCAUUUUUUAGGUUGUCCAUAUGGAAUGUUAUGUCACAGUUCUUUAUUCUUAAAAACGUUCCUAUGUUAAGUAAUAAUGGAAAGAUGGAGCUGCCAAUUUUGUUUCUCUUGCAAAUCAGUAAAUACUUGAUGUUGCAGUAUUCCCAAGAUUUAAUAAAUGAACCCAACUUAGUUUUUCAAGAGAAUUUGACAUCUAUUUUUAGGCUGAUGAAGUUUUUCUUUGAGAACUCGAAAAGAUGAAAUAAACCAACUGCAGUUUUUUAGCCAAAUUUUGGCUUUAUAGAGAUUGCUUUAUCAGACUCUUUAAAAGUCACUCUUGCUUGCAUUUCCCCCUAUUUACACAUAAAAGCUGUGUUGGUGUUUAACUGUACAUACUUCAGAUGCACAUAGGAAUAGAAAUGUGUUAUAAAUCUAGCUUUCUUUAUGAUGUUUCUGAUAAUACGAAAAUUGAAAACUUUACCUUCUCUUGUACAUAUAGUCAGACUUUCUGUGUAUUAAACUUACAUUUCAUUCUAAAUUCUAAAGUUUGAAAAUUUUUAGUUUUGCAAGUUCAAACACUAAUGUGACCAUUUUAUGAAGGUUGAAAUGGAUUUAUGCAGGCAGUUCUAUGCAUAGAAACACAGUUCUUAUUAAAUUUUCAGGACAGUGCAAAUAAUAAAAAUGUAAUGGAAUUGGAAUUAAUUAAAGCAAGGCUGUACAUUGAAAGUCCUAUUAUAAAAGGUUUGCUUUCUUCAAGUGUUAUUUAUCCUAAAUUAUAAUUGUUAAGUGUUUGGAAAAUAAUUUUAAACCAUAAAUUCAUCAUAAUUUCAUUGAAUUCUCAAUAAUCUUAGAAGCAAUAAAAGAACCAUUGUUAAAUAUAUUGUAACGUUAAAGAUGUGAAGGUUCUUCCAAAAACUUGUAAGGCUUUCCUAAUCAAUAGUAAACUCUAGUAGUAGAUAUUGCAUACUAAACACAAGUUGCUAUGUUUUUUUCCCUAUAUGUUUGCUUAAGCAUAAAUUUCUUUAUACAAUCACCUCCUUUAAUUGUAGUUUAGUUUCUUUCUAAAGAUGCCAAAGGAAACAAGAUUUUUCUUUAUUUAUUUUAAAUAACUAAUACCUUGUACUUUUCUUUAUAUUUUGAAGUAAGGUUGGAAUUAUGUGAAAAUGUGGACAGUUUUGUUGCAUUGUUGGUUAGAAUUUUUUUUUAAGUGGAGGGCAGCUUGGUAAUAUAUUUGGAUUAUUUUAAAUAUCCAACAUCUACCCAGUUUACUAAUUGCUUGUAUUUUCAGGGUAUAUUUAAUUGUCCUGUGGUUAGACAAAGGAGAGAGCUCAGAGGUUACUAAAUGUCAAGCAUUACUUAGCUCUGGGAGGCAGCUAUACCUUGCCUUUGAUUUUUAUGCACAUUAGCCCAUAGGGUAUCUAUCUAUUCAUCUAACUAUAAUUAAACAUCCCAGUGCCCAGGAAAUUGAAAAGUAAAAUAUUUGGUAUGAGAGGUUCUCCAUAAUGGAUUUUUCAUUUCAAAAUUAUUUACCUCAUUUUCAUUUAAUGUGAUAAUUCUCCUUUCUGGAACACUGUCAUCCUAAUUUGUUUUUUUCAUAUUUCUCUAUAGGUGGAUUUAUUUUCCUAAACAAAGAAAUUAAAGCAAUUUCUUUUUUUCUCUGGCCUUAUAUAUGUUUAGAAAAAGGACACUAAAAGUACAGGUCUAGGUAAAAGGUACCCUGAUAAAAAAUUAUUUUUAUAAUUCUCAACUUUUUUGUGAUUUUCCAGUUUUUUUUAAAAGCCUCAAAAACAGUGGUUAAAAAUAUAUAUUUAGGGAUGUCUUGUUUACGGCAGGCAGAUUUGCUAGAAGACACUGAUACUCCAGCAGGCUUUUAUUAUAAUCAAAUCUAUUCCGUGAGUAUGUGCCUGACUUUUACAACAACAAAUAAUUGUAUAAUAUUUCAGUACAGAUAACUGAAAGGAUGAAUAGCUAUUUGUGACCCAAAUAAGUAUAUAGUAAGUAGUUUAUAAAUAUUUGAAGGACUUGUACUAAAUUAGAUGCUCUGAGUUGGUUCCCACAAAUUUUUGAAAUUGUGACUAUGGUUUACUUAAACACAACACAUUCAGUUAUAUAAAUAUGUUUGGAUUCUGAGUAUUUUGCUUUUAAGGAGAAUAAUCUAUGAAAUGAAAGUAAGACUGAUGGGGGGGGAGUUUUUCACAUUUGUGGUUGUUGGUGACGCUUAAAACUAUGCAAAAUAAUUUUUUUAAGUAUCCAAGAGAAUUGGCAGUUGGGUGGGUAUUGCUUACUUAUUAUGCACUACAGAAUGUAGCAUAUCGUGUUACUGUUUAGGCUGCUUAAUAAGUUUAUCAAUGUGAAAGUAGAUCUUGGCUAUAAGUUUACACCUGAUUUGAGCUUUUAAAACUCUGCAAUGGGAGUAAGAUAAUGUUUCCACAAUCUUGUAGCAACAGAGGAAAGAAAGCAUUUUGUUGUUUCAAAGAUUUCAGAUAAAUUCAGGCAGGGAAGCGUUGGAGCCAGGUAUACUUGUAUAUAGAUGGAAACAAUGUUUGGAUAUGAAAAAGGAAGCCGUCUGUUUACAGUUAACUUUAUUUCAUGGACUUUUACAAAAUGAUGUAUUAAACACUUUUUCUAGUUCAAGAAAUUUCAAUUCCAGGGUACAAACCAUUGAUUUAAGAAUUUUGCAUUUCUAUUCUUUUAGUACCAGUUUAAAAUAAUGCUUACCAGCUCAUUGCUACCACUAGGGAAGAAGGCAACUUGAAGUAUUUACUGAUAAAUAGCCUUUUCCCCAAAUGCGACUUUUCUGCAGUGUCUGCAUAUUAUGUCACAUGUUCUAUUUGCACUGCUGCAACAUGGAUCAAAAAUCUUGUGGCACAGGGGUAGAGGAAUGUCAAUAUCUCUCCUGUCCUGUUCCCUUAACGCUUUAUUGGACUGAUCUACCCUCAGAAACCUGUGAUCAUCACCUAAAUGUAAGUUGAGAAUGUGUCACCUUCUGCUUGGGUAUUUUAACCGUGCUGCUCUAUAUGUAAUCAGGUGUGGCACAGUUUAUCAGUUUGGCUCUAGCAGGUGGGUGGAUACAAAUCAUUGCACUGUGCUGUUAACCAAUCCUGUGUGCUUGCUGUACCUACUUUCUACAGGCAUCAUCAUAAAAGCUAGACUAUUUCUUUUGGGGGGAAAGAGACUUAUUUAAUGUAAUUUAAAGACUUUUCCAAUAGAAAAUGAAAUACUAUUGAAAAUAAUAUCUAUUUUUUAGCUUUCAGCAAUUGAUGGUGCUUUGUUGUGGUGUCUGCUGGAAGUCUACUGCCAUUGUAGGGAUUCUCAUUAACCUCACUAAGAAAGAACCUUGCUUGUUAGCUUCUCUAGAUCUCUAUUCUAAACCAUCUGUUAGUGAUGAUAAAUCUGUAGGAGGGUCUAUCCUAAGCCGUUAACUUCCUGUAUGGGGAAAGUGGGUGGGUUACCAGAAAGACCAUGAAGCAGGGUGGGCUGUCGGGGGAGGGUUGGGUAUUUGUCUUGAGAAUUAAAACUACGAAACACUUUUGUACACAACUGAUUUUUUUUAAAAAAAAUAAACACAUUUUUAAA